CCCACGGCCACUCGCCCUCUGCUCCCGUCUGCCCACACGGUGCGAGGGACCGGACCCGUGACCACCAUGGUGAGGCUCGUGCUGCCCAACCCCGGCCUGGAGGAGCGGAUCCCCUCGCUGGACCAGCUGGAGACCCUGGAGCGCGAGGAGGCCAGCUCGCGGCCCCAGUGGGACAACAAGAUGCAGUACAUGCUGACCUGCGUGGGCUUCUGCGUGGGCCUGGGCAACGUGUGGCGCUUCCCCUACCUGUGCCAGAGCCACGGAGGAGGUGCCUUCAUAAUCCCCUUCCUCAUCCUGCUGGUCCUGGAGGGCAUCCCCCUGCUGCACCUGGAGUUCGCCAUCGGGCAGAGGCUGCGCCAGGGCAGCGUGGGCGUGUGGAGCUCCAUCCACCCGGCCAUGAAGGGCGUAGGCGUCGCGUCCAUGUUCGUGUCCUUCAUCGUGGGCCUGUACUACAACACCAUCAUCGCCUGGGUCAUGUGGUACUUCUUCAACUCCUUCCAGGACCCGCUGCCCUGGAGCCAGUGCCCGGUCAACGAGAACCAGACAGGCUACGUGGACGAGUGCGCCAGGAGCUCCUCCGUGGACUACUUCUGGUACCGCGAGACCCUCAACACCUCCACCUCCAUCAGCGACUCGGGCUCCAUCCAGUGGUGGAUCCUGCUGUGCCUCACGUGUGCUUGGGGCGUGCUCUACGUGUGCGUCAUCCGCGGCAUCGAGACCACCGGGAAGGCUGUGUACGUCACCUCCACGCUGCCCUACGUUGUGCUGACCAUCUUCCUCGUCCGGGGCCUGACGCUGAAGGGCGCCAGCAACGGCAUCGUCUUCCUCUUCACGCCCAACGUGGCGGAGCUGGCCGACCCGGUCACCUGGCUGGACGCGGGUGCGCAGGUCUUCUACUCCUUCUCGCUGGCCUUCGGGGGCCUCAUCUCCUUCUCCAGCUACAAUUCCGUGCACAACAACUGCGAGAUGGACGCGCUGGUCGUGGCCGUCAUCAACGGCUUCACGUCGGUGUACGCGGCCACUGUGGUCUACUCCGUCAUCGGCUUCCGCGCCACCCGCCGCUACGACGACUGCUUCAGCACGAACAUCCUGACCCUCACCAACGGGUUCGACCUGCCGGAAGACAGCGUGACCCCGGAGAACUUCCUGGAGAUGCAGAGCUGGUGCAACGCCAGUGACCCCGCGGCCUACGCCCAGCUGCAGUUCGAGACCUGCGACAUGGACUCCUUCCUCUCAGAAGGUGUGGAGGGCACGGGCCUGGCCUUCAUCGUCUUCACUGAGGCCAUCACCAACAUGCCCGUGUCCCCGCUGUGGUCGGUGCUGUUCUUUGUCAUGCUCUUCUGCCUGGGCCUGUCCUCCAUGUUUGGGAACAUGGAGGGCGUCAUCGUGCCCCUGCAGGACCUCAGGAUCGUCCCCCUGAAGUGGCCCAAGGAGCUGCUCACAGGCUUCAUCUGCCUGGGGACCUACCUCCUGGCCUUCAUCUUCACGCUGAACUCGGGCCAGUACUGGCUGUCCCUGCUGGACAGCUACGCCGGCUCCAUCCCCCUGUUCGUCAUCGCCUUCUGCGAGAUGUUCUCUGUGGUCUACCUGUACGGUGUGGACAGGUUCAACAGGGACAUCGAGUUCAUGAUUGGCCACAGGCCCAACAUCUUCUGGCAGGUCACGUGGAGGGUGGUCAGCCCGCUGAUCAUGCUGGUCAUCUUCUUCUUCUUCCUCGUCAUGAAGGUCAACGAGGAGAUGACAUACAACGUCUGGGACCCCAGCUACGAGGAAUUUCCCAAGUCCAAGACGGUCUUGUACCCAGACUGGGUGUACGCUGUGGUGGUGGUCGUGGCCGGGCUGCCCUGCCUCAGCAUCCCCGGCUUUGCCAUCUACAAGCUCAUCAGGAACCGCUGCCAGGGGCCAGGGGAGCGCCAGGGGCUGGUCAGCACGCUGUCCACGGCCUCCAUGAACGGGGAGAUCAAGUGCUGAGGGGCCCAGCCACAGUGCGCCGUGGACUGUCGGGAGGGGAGCCGGCAGGCCCCUUGGGGUGGUGGCUGGGCUGCACAUGCGUGUGUGAGCGCAUGAGUGUACACUCAUGUACGUGUGUAUGUCAUAUGCACAUGUAUAUUGUGUAUGCAUGUGUAUACAU